ACUCCAGAGAGGAGGAAGAGGAGCAGGCAGACAGCGCUGCGAGUGGAGAACAGUCCCUGCUUGGCUGGCUGCUGCCCUGCACGCUGGCACCAGGGAACAGGGGUGCAUCUCUGAGACCGACCUUCCUCCAGUGCCCGCAGGAUGGAUGGAUCCUUGGCUGCUCCCUGACACUUUCCAGCAGCUGUGAGAUAAGAGGGAAGAGGAGAGGGAGAGAGGGAAGAGAAGGAGGAGACAGCACAGGCAGCCCCUCUCUGCCACUGCCAGGGCUGGAUUUCCUCUAAUUGGUCCUGGGGGAGGCAGGGAAUUUGGGCACCAGGCUUUGCCUCCUCUACAACUGAGAGCAUUUAAUUGGUCCUGUGUUUUUUCAUAUAAACUGGAGGGGAAUCAGAGAGCACAGAGGAGAGGAGGAUACGGGGAGCUGAGGGGAGAGAAGAAGAAGAAGAAGGAACUUCUCCUCCAGGUUGGAAGCAUCUGUGGUCCUGGUGGUGGAGAUCAGAGAAGCGCUUAUUAACCCCUCCAACCAGUGCCUCCAGCACCCCAAAGGGAAUGGACUGUAUCCCCGGCUACACUGACCGGAUUAUAAGUAUCACAAGGGAGCGGCAGCAGGUGGAUGAGCGCCGGGUCAGCGGAGCACAGGCAGGUGGGUGGCAGCGCGGAGCGCAGCAGGAGCAGAGUGCAACGCCCUGAGCGCACCCCAAGCGCAGUGCAAGCGCAGAGGCUGAAUCGGGCUGCGUGAAGCGGGCACUUGUUGGAGUGGAUCUGCCCCCCCUUUCCUGGCACUGCCAGCAACUACUGAGAUAUCUCAUUGCGCUUAUUCUACAGGACCCCCCCAGCUGGUUGUGCGCAAAUCCGCUGGAUCCCCCCAGAGGGGACAGACUAUGGGAGAGUGAGGACAUCACAUGAACUCGUGCUAAGGAGGGAGCCAGGCUGCUGAUCCCACCCUCUCCCACACCCCCAGCCCUCUCCCACUCACAGGGGGCUGCAGACACAUUGGGUGGAGAGAGGGGGAGAACUUGGCACCACUUCUGCUGGGCACUUCAGGCUGAGUUAAGGUUGGGGUGGGGGGGAUCUUGUCCGUCUCCUGGAGUUGCUGUGGAUGCUCAUACCCUGCCCGUCUGUGUGUGCUUGGCACUGGGAUUCCUGCACUUGCACUGAGGACCGCAGGGAACAGCGAGGCUGUGCCACCCCGGCAGCCGGCGGAGGCGCGCUGUGCCCGGGCAAGGCUGGGAUGCUGCCCGGGUGUCUGGAGGAGGGAGCUCUCUCUGGCUGCUGCUGCUGCAGAAUAAUCUGAGCUGGAUGAUGGAGGUUUUGUGGAUUCUCUUCCUGUCUCUCAUACCCAGACCCAGCAGGGGGCAAGGAGCCUAUGCCCCGGCUCAGGCACAGAUAAUUCACGCGGGUCAUGCGUGCGUGGUUAAAGAGGACAACAUGAGCGAGCGAGUCUACACUAUCCGAGAGGGCUGGACCUUGGUACUGCAGUGUCUGGUUAGUGGACACCCGCGGCCUCAGGUGCGAUGGACAAAAACCGCAGGCAGCGCGUCUGAAAAAUUCCAGGAGACCUCCAUUUACAACGAGACUCUUCGCAUUGAGAAGGUUCAGAGGAUGCAGGGAGGUCGAUACUAUUGUAAAGCCGAGAAUGGGGUUGGGGUCCCAGCCAUCAAGUCCAUUCGAGUAGAUGUGCAGUAUCUAGAUGAACCCAUUCUAACCAUUCACCAGACCAUCAGUGAUGUACGAGGGAGCUUCUACCAGGAGAAGACAGUCUUCCUUCGUUGUACGGUCAGCUCCAACCCGCCCGCACGCUUCAUCUGGAAACGGGCCACCGAGAUCCUCUCGCACAAUCAGGACAACGGAGUAGACAUCUACGAACCCCUCUACACACAGGGCGAAACCAAAGUAUUGAAAUUGAAGAAUUUGCGACCUCAAGACUAUGCCAAUUACACGUGCCAGGUGUCUGUACGGAAUGUUUGUGGGAUCCCAGAUAAGUCCAUCACUUUCCGCCUCACUAACAGGACAGCUCCGCCUACACUGAAGAUGUCUGUCAACGAGACGUUGGUGGUGAACCCAGGAGAUAACAUCACCAUGCAGUGCACACCUACCGGUGGUGACCCCCCUCCAAAGACUGUCUGGUCUCACUCCCCAAAUCCAAUGCCACCCAAUAGCAUGAGCAAAGGGGGAAACUUGACCCUAUGGAACAUUCGUACAGAAGACUCUGGCUAUUACAACUGUACGGCCAUCAACAACGUGGGGAAUCCAGCCAAGAAGACGGUUAACCUCCUAGUGAGAUCCAUGAGAAAUAUCACUUAUCAAAUCACACCGGAUGUCAUCAAGGAGAGCGAGAGCAUACAGCUGGGGCAGGAUCUGAAGCUGUCGUGCCACGUGGACGCCGUCCCACAGGAUAAAGUCCAGUACACGUGGUACAAGAACCAGAAAGUCAUAAAGACCUCGGACCACCUGCUGAUCACUAGAAAUGACCCAGAGCUUCCACCGGUUACCAGCAGCUUGGAGAUCAUUGACCUUCGGUUCAGUGACUAUGGGACUUACAUGUGUGAGGCUUCAUUACCCAACCUGCCCAUCACUCUAAACAGCAGCGACAUCAAUAUCUCUGCAGAGACCGUGCCUCCGUCACUCAGCGUACCCAAAGGACAGCUAGUUAUCACCGUGCGAGAGGGGUCCAGGGCAGAACUGCAGUGUGAGGUGCGAGGAAAGCCGCUGCCCCCCAUCCUUUGGACCCGCAUGGACAAGGAAGCGGCCUUCCCCUCGGGAGAAAUGGUGGUGGAAACAACAGACGGGAAACUGAGGUUGGACAAUGUGACCCGAGAAAUGAGCGGAACUUAUAAGUGUCAGACAGCAAGAUAUAACGGCUUUAAUAUCCGACCCAGGGAAGCCUCAGUGCACCUUAACGUGCAGUUUGCCCCGGUGGUGGAACCCAAGUUCAUGGACAUCCGUCAGGCAGUACAACGCAAUGUCACAUUGAGGUGCAACAUGCUAAAAGGGAGCCCCGUCAAGGUGGCCACAGCAGUGUGGCGGUUUAAUCGGAGUCUGCUGAGUACACCCCCCAUCGAGCAACAGGAAUAUUCUGAGUAUAAGAUCAGUAGUAUGAGCCGGGAGACAAGCGGAACCUACGAAUGCACCAUCUCCAACGACGUUGGCUCUGACGCCUGUGUCUUUCAGGUGACGGGCAAGGCCUACAGCCCCGAGUUCUAUUACGACACGCAAGACCCAAUCGAAACAAACAAGCAGUUUAAGAACUAUUCGUACCUGGUGCAGUGGACGCAGAAGGAGCCCCAAGCUGUGGAUCCGGUGACCAGUUACAGGCUGGAACUGAAGCCGGGGAAUCUGCGCGGUAUCAGCAGUAUAACGCUGGCGGCGGCCCCGGAGAUAAAUAAAGGCGGACUCCAGGAGUACAGGCUUAAGGAUUUGAGGAUUUUCUCGAACUAUGAAAUCAAGAUUACACCAAUCACCAUCUUUGGAGCAGGAGACUCGGCCAACCGGACCAUCCGCUACAAAGAGCCAAUCAACUACCGAAACCCAUCUGAUAACACUUGCCGGUUUGACGAUGAGAAGCUUUGUGGAUUUGUCCAGGACAAAGAUGACAACUUUGAUUGGAUUCGUCAAAGCAAGUUGACGGAAAGCGUCAAGAGAACGGCGAACACUGGGCCUGAAAUGGAUCACAGCGGGAAGCCAGAGGGUUUCUACAUGUUCAUUGAGGCAUCAAAACCACGUCGGCUGGGUGACAAGGCGCGGCUCAUCAGUCCCAUGUACAAUGUAACGACCAAGUUUCCGUCUCACAAAGUGUCGUAUUGCGUCUCCUUCUACUAUCACAUGUACGGGAGGCAUAUAGGUUAUUUAAAUAUGGUGCUACGAGUGAUGAACAUUGGCACCACGAACAGCACCGUGUGGUCAAAGAAUGGGAACUUGGGUAACAGGUGGCAGCAUGCCAGCGUCCACAUCUCCCCGUCAGGACCCUUUCAGGUUGUGUUUGAAUGUAUUAUCGGUCCUAACGUAGAAGGGGACGUCGCCAUCGACGAUGUCACCAUAAAAAAGGGAGAUUGUCCGAAGAAACAGAUUGCUCCGACAAAAGCAGUGGCGUCUCCCGGCAGCUCCUCCUCGUACCUCCUCUCAGGAUCUCUAUUUUGGCUUAUACCUUUCUUCCUCUUUGUGCUCCUGAGAUGAUACCAAGCACCCCCAGCUGGGUUCUGAAUGAGGCCUCCCCUACCUUCUUGCGCCCUUUCCUCCUCAGUCCUACUUCACCGGCACACCAAAGUGUCCAGAUGUUACCAAAGACCGGCAGGCAUGGCUGCUCGAAGGGCCCAACAAGAGACUGUGGGAUCCCUUUGAGGAGAUCAUUGCAUCUACAAUACAAAUAAAGGGUAGAGAGACACUGGGGAAGGAAUUACAAACAAUAGCAAAGAGACGGCAAAGGCAAGACGAGAAAGGAAGCAGAGAGGACGUACGGAUGAGACACGAGCAAUUUUUUGGGGAGAAUUGAAGACUUAAGGUCCACACAGGAAACGUGGAAAAAAUACAAAAUAAACGAACAGUAACUGACUAAUGAAAACAUAAGCACAAAUUUCUAAUGAAACCGUGAAGGACAUGACUGGGGGACUGCUGUUCUGCCCUGGAGCAGAAGCCUUGUAGGAGAUGUCCCAGCUGCUGUACCCCGAUUUUCUAAGUAGAUCCAUUGCGUGUGCUCCGUACCAUAUUCGCUCAUGUAUGCUCACCCCAGUUGCAUGUUUCUCCAUGAUCAUAUAUACAUCUUUAUGUAGUCAUCUGUCCUAGCCAUCGCAGCCUCCAUUUUUAGCCAAUUGCCCCAUCGAGAGAACAUGCAUAGACUUAUACCCCAUGGCAAAAGAUUGUAGACCUUAGUGAAGGUAAAGGUAGAGAACUGUAAUCCAUUAUCCCAGGUAGAGCUGCCUCAUGUUAUUCUAGGUCUUCCCAGUUGCCACAUGAAACUGACGUCCAUCCCAUGGACCCAAAGCAUUUGCACCCGAUACCUCACUAGUCAGAACAACCAAGGACUGGGGACUGCAAACCGCAGCGCUUUAGGUAUUUAUCGUAGAGGGAGAUGUAUCACAGCUGCCUGAGACCCAACUCAUAUUUACUGAUCUUUUAUCUAUUUUGAGACAUAAAUAUAUAUAUAUCGUCAUAUCAUUAUCAAUGAAAGUGCCCUAAUCUCAGCCGCUACGCGGGUAAGUGUGUUCACCUCUCCAUGCCACAUUCUGUUUUCUCCAGAUACGGUGGCGCCAUUCAUAUGUCAUCUCUCAUAGACUUCCGCAGGGGUUAUUACAGAGGUCAUCUGAUCACUAAGAUGACAUUUAGGAAAUUGUUACCAAAUCUGAAAGUUUUAAAUAAACUGGUAUCAUUUUUUA